AUGACGACUAUAAAUUCCCACUUCCGCAACUCUGGCAGCUCACCCAUGGAUGUCGACGUCAUCAUCAUGGGCGCCAUGGACCGCGCAGUCACCUCACUCUUCUCGCUGCCACUGGAAACGGGCGAAAUGCGGGGGACUCGAGCUCAUGUCGGAAAAGCACCCGUCUACGCCUGCGAGGGUGAAGCGAACCGCGGCUUCACCGCAGAAGUAGACGAUGGUUUCGACACGUGCCUCUCGUCUCCCCAGUUGCCCAUUUCCCCAGUCACCGACGCACAUGCCCUGGGUCCGUUGCGCCGUCGCUAA